AUGCCGGGUGCCCAAGCGGAUGCGGCAGCCGACAGAGGGCGCGUCACAAAACGCAGAUCCUGCAACGCUUGCGUGAGAUGUCGCCGCCAGAAAAUCAAAUGCUCCGGCUCGAGGCCCUGCGACGCCUGCAGCAAACGCAACCUGUCAUGUGACUUUGACGAACGCGACCAGAAAAUCCUUGUCACAAGAGGAUAUCUCAUCGACCUGGAGCAGAAAGUCGAAAACUGGAAGCGCCAUCAUGGCGGUGCAGAUUGCCGCACACCACGCUCUUCCCGUGCCAGUCAGGAUGUAGCUGACGGAGCCACCGACGCUGGAGACUCCGAUGAUGGCUCCGACGGAGCAGAUGAAUCCAUAGCUGCUCCGCCCAACCACCAGAGCACUCGCUCCAUCGCACGGUCUGAUCUCGUGGCCUCCACUUUGACAAAUCCCCUGUCUACUGGUCCCUCCACCUUCAUGGCCGCUAGUGACGGGAGAAAAUUCUACCUUGGAACCUCGUCGAAUUGGUCUUUCACUCGCCGGCUUCUGAGCAUGACACACGAAUUCAUCUACCAAACCACCGUCCCCAGCACCACCCUUCUCUUCGACGGAGCAGCAUACGACUUGAAUUGGUCCGACCGCAGGACCGCUGCCCAUCUGGAAACCCCUCUCUUGCCAACACUCGACUAUGCCAUCUACCUCAUCAACGCCGUCAAGUUCCAUUGCGGCCAGACUUUCCACUUGUUCGACGAGGCCUCCUUCAUGGAAAGUCUCUACGACUUCUACUCUGACCCCAACCACAGCAUCGCCGAAGCCCAUCUGUGGUAUAUUCAUUUCCUCAUUAUUCUUGCCUUUGGCAAAGCCUUCACCACCCAGAGGAGCCAAGGAAAGCGGCCGCCGGGAACCGACUUCUUCGCCAAGGCCGUGCAGAUGCUUCCAAGUACCAUUUUGCUCGAGAGGCAACCACUGAUGUCCACCGAGAUCCUUUGUUGCAUCUCCUUGUAUCUUCAAUGCUUGGACUACCGAGACGCCGCGCACAAUUACAUCGGACAGGCCAUGAGGAUUGCACUCUGCCACGGAAUGCACACGGACAUGCCAGUGCGCCAUCUCGGCGAAGUUCAUGUCGAGAGGUGUCGCAGGGCUUGGUGGACCACAUACGUCUUGGACCGGGAAAUGACGUCCUUGAUGGGCCUUCCCCAGUCCAUCCACGACGACGACGUGCAUCCUGACUUGCCCACCUUCUCCGGCUCCAUCCAGCGAGCUGCCGCUCUGAGCAUGCAGAUCAAGCUGUCUCGAGCCAUUGCUCGUGUCAAUAGGGGCGUCUACGGUGCCGAUGGCCGGCUCAACAGCAAGUUCCUGCUGAGCACGAAAGAAGUCCUGGCCAGCAUCGCACACCUUGCUGACGAGCUUCGCGAAGCGUUCCCGUUGCAGAUAGCCGAUGCCAUCAGCGGCAUCUCCCGGACAUACGCUUACCUGCAUCUCCUAUACCACCAAUGCAUCGUCCUCGCAACCCGACCCCUCCUCUUCUGUUUCCUCAAAAUCCGCUUCGAAUCCACCGGCGCCGACCGCAUCACCCUGCACUCCUCCCAAACCACCUUCAACCUCGCAAAAAUGUGCAUGGAGUCGAGCCAGCAGAUGAUCAGCAUCCUCAACUGCGUGCGAGCCCAGCACCUCCUGGAAACGUUCCUCCCCUUCGACCUCGAAGCCAUCUCCGUCUCCACCGUCAACAUCAUCCUCGCCCCGUCCGUCGAUCCCGAUCUCCUCGCCAACCGCGCAUCCUGGCUCGACCGCGCCUUCGCCAUCUUCGACGACAUGGCCUCCGCCGGCAACGUCGUCGCCGAGUACCGCCGCGCCGAGCUGCGCAAGCUGGACGGCAUGCUGUCUCAGCUCUCGCACUUGCACUCGCGUCGCGCGAGCGCAUCGGCGGAAGCAGCAGCAGAAGCAGAAGCAGAAGCGGCGGCAACAGCUGCUGCUGCUGCUGCCGCCGCCGUCACCGCCGCUCAGCAAGAGUGUAUGCGCCGGGGCGGGCCGUCUGGCGCCAUGGCACAGCUGGACGCCCCAAUGCAGCAGACGACGCCGGCGGGGUGUAUGGGGAGUGCUAGUAUUUUGCCGUCGCCCAUCUCGGGGAUUCUGGAUGAGAUUUGCUUUGGUGGCGGGUUGGCCGGGGCGCAGAUUAUGGAUACGGUGAAUCAGAUCGAUAGCGGGGACAACGAGUGGAUGUCGCAUGAGAUUAUGGAGCAUAGUAUCUGGUAG